UUUAUCGAUCAUAGGCAUAUCGAGGGACAAAGGAUUGUUAUCAAUGAAAAAAUGAGAAGUUAUCGGCUAUAGUUCAUAUAGUUCAUAUCCUCACAUAAGUUACAACGACCUUUAGGAGCGGACAAUGACCUGACAAUUUCAAUAACAUAAACAGUAUUACGGUUAGAGUUUCGUCACCGUACGAUCUUUUUCGUAACUAAUUUCCAGUGCAACUACUCUGUUGAUAAGAAAGGUCGUUAUACGAGGAAUGUUACCGAUCGAGAGCUUUAUACAAACAUAACCUAAAUACCAAACAGGGGUAAACAAAAUAAAGAGAAAUUAUAUAAACUUUUUAUACGGAAUCAUAUCAGUGUUUAUGUAGUACAGUGAAACAAUGGAUAUGUCUUCCUCCUAUCCUAUGCCACAAUCCCAGUUUCCGACAAUGCAACCUAUGGCAACUGCACCUAGUGCAUACCCAAUACCUCAACCUGGGAUGCCACAACUUGGGAUGCCACAACCUGGGAUGCCACAACUUGGAAUGCCACAACCUGGGAUGCCACAACUUGGGAUGCCACAACCUGGGAUACCACAACCUGGGAUGCCACAACUUGGGAUGCCGCAACCUGGGAUGCCACAACCUGGAAUACCACCAUCAGGAAUGCUACAACCUGGAAUACCAAUGACACCUCAAGUAUUAUGUACUCUAGGUGGUUGGUUACCGCCGAAUACGAACUGUCCACCCGGUUUGGAAUACCUUAUAGUCCUUGAUCAUCUCUUCGUCCGCCAAAAAGUUGAAUUAAUAGAAGCUUUUACCAGAUGGGAAACUAAAAACAAAUAUCUUGUGGUGAAUAUUGGAGGAGAGACAGUGUUUUACGUUGCGAAACAAUCAGGAAUAUGCGCGCGGUUUUGUAUGGGGCGAUAUCGAAGUUGUGAAUUUUAUGUGAUGGACAGCAACCAAAGAGAAGUCUUGCGUAUGGUUCGACCCUGCAGGUGUGAUAGUUGCUGUUGUCCGUGCUGCUUACAAGAAUUAGAAGUAUAUUCUGGCGAUACAUUGCUCGGGUCUAUUUCACAAAAUUGGAGUCUUUGGAGACCUUCGUUUUCUGUUCGCGAUGCAUCCGGAGAAACCGUUUUAAUUAUAAAAGGACCAUGGAUUCAAUUUUGCAUGGAUGUGAAAUUUAAGGUAAAGUCUGCUGAUGGAGUACACAGAGUUGGAGAAAUUAAAAAAGAAUGGUGCGGUACGGCUAGAGAAUAUUUUACGUAUUCUAACAAUUUCGGCAUAAGUUUUCCUUUGGACUUAGAUGUUAAAAUUAAGUCUGUUUUACUCGGUGCCUGCCUUUUAAUUGAUUUUAUGUACUUCGAAGAAAAUUGAGAAUUAAAAUUAAAAAGAAUAUAGAUCUGAUGAGUUUGAAAAAGUAAU